AUGAAGUCUUUUCCUUUACAAGUGGAAAGCGUAAGUGUUGCUGUUUCAAAUGCAACUCUUAAGCCAACACAACUCCUCAUAAAACUAAAUUCCUUGAUUGCAGCGCUCAUUCGCUCACACCAAAACUCCUCGGCCCUCCAAGUCUUCACCCAAAUCCACUCAUCUCAUCACCUGAGACCUGAUCACUACACCCUCGUCAGCUCCCUCACAGCUUGCGCCAACCUCCAUGACACUGUUGCCGGAGACCAACUCCAUUCCCACGUCAUCUGUGCUGGCUUCAAGGCCUACGCCCACGUUGGUAACACAGUCCUUUCUCUAUACGCGAAAUCAAAAGAUUUGAAUUCUGUGAAUCGAUUGUUCAGCGAGAUCACCAUCCCUGAUGUAUACACAUGGACGAUUCUGUUGUCUGCAUAUGCAAAAUCAGGCCAGAUUGACUAUGCUUGCCAACUGUUCGACGGUAUGCUUUACAGAAAUGCUGAGACAUGGAAUGCCUUCCCACCGUUGGAUGUAAGGCUUUACAGAAAUAUUGCAACAUGGAAUGCCAUAAUAACAGGCUGUGUAGAAAAUGGGCGUGAAGGGACUGCUGUGGAAAUGUUCCUUAAGAUGCGUCGAUGGGGCGUCGGGCAUGACCACUAUACUUUUGCAAGUAUUCUGAGCUUAUGUUGUUCUCCUGAGCUAGUGCAGUUUGGAAGGCAGGUGCACUCUCUCAUUGCUAGAACUGGGUUUUUGCUCAGGGUUUCUGUGGUCAAUGCUCUGCUCACAAUGUAUUUCAACUGUGAAGUGGUUCAUGGUGCAUAUGAUGUAUUUGAAGAGGCCAAAGGGACAACCUGUAAUCAGAUUACCUAUAAUGCCAUGAUAGCAGGGUUGGUGAGCAAUGGGAAAGAUAGGGAGGCUUUAGAUUUGUUCAUGGAAAUGAGAGAAGCUUGUCUUGAGCCAACUGAGCUGACUUUUGUGACUGUUAUGAGUUCAAGUUCGUUAACAGGAAUGGUGAAACUUGGCCGUCAAGUACAUGCCCAAAUUAUUAAGAUGGGUUAUGAAGCCUAUACCUCUGUGAGCAAUGCUGCAAUAACUAUGUACUCCAGUUAUGCCGAUCUGGAUUCAGCUUCGGUUAUUUUUGAGAGGUUGGCGAAGAAGGAUUCUGUGUCGUGGAAUUCCAUGAUUAGUGGUUGUGUUCAAUGUAAUUCCCUGUCAUUAGCAAUCAUGGUCUACCUGCGAAUGCAGAGGGCAGGGCUAGAGACAGAUGACUUUACAGUUGGUAGUCUAUUAUCGUACUCUGACUCUCUAGUGAUUGUUGAGUUGAUUCAAGCUCUUGUUGUUAAAAAUGGGCUUCUCUCAAACAUCCUUGUUUGCAACGCACUGGUUUCUUCAUAUUCUAAGCAUGGUAUGAUUAAGGAUGCGUUUCAAGUUUUUCAUAGCAUGUGUUCCCAAAAUUUGAUAUCUUGGAAUACAAUUAUAUCAGGGUGUUUGUUUAAUGGCUUGCCGCUACUGGGUUUAGACCUAUUCCGAUGGUUGCUGUUGUCAGAAUUAAGGCCAAAUUUGUACACUCUCACUGUUGUUUUGAGCACUUGUGCUAGCAUAGCAGCUUUAAGACAUGGUAAACAAGUUCAUAGCUACAUUCUUAAAUUGGGUUUUGGUUUAGAGACACCCUUGGGAAAUGCCCUCAUUACAAUGUAUGCAAAAUGUGGGAUUUUAGAUUGGGCGUCUAAAGUCUUCAGCAGGAUGAUGCAGAGGGACAUAGUGUCUUGGAAUGCCAUGAUUUGUGCGUAUGCCCAACAUGGAGAAGGAAAAGAAGCUAUCAGGUGCUUCAAGGUGCUGCAAAACUUAGAUGAUGUUAAACCAGAUGAGGCCACCUUCACUGCAGUUCUUUCUGCUUGUAGCCAUGCUGGUUUGGUUAAUGAGGGUUGUCAGAUAUUCUUUACAAUGGUGGACGAAUAUGGCAUAAUUCCUGGAGUAGAUCAUUGUUCUUGCAUUAUUGACCUUCUAGGUCGAGCUGGGCAUCUUGAUGAAGCUGGAAGAUUGAUAAAUACCAUGCCUGCCCAAGCAGAUUCCAAGAUGUGGUGGGCAUUGCUUGGUGCUUGUCAAGCUCAUGGUAAUGUGUUGCUGGGAAGAGUUGCAGCUGAGGUCCUUCAAGAAAUUGAACCAUAUAAUCCUGCUGCUUAUGUUCAAUUAGCAAAUAUUUAUGCCGCUGCUGGGCAGUGGAAUGAAGCAGCAAAUGUGAGGGAAAUGAUGAACAAGAGGGGGGUUGUAAAGCAGCCUGCAUACAGUUGGAUUGAAUGACAACCAGCUUAUGUUCUCAAUGGUAGUAGGUGGCCAUGGUGAAAGUUGGCAGUUAAGGACCCAAACCAAGUAGUAAGGAUGAAGAAU